ACAGCUGUCGGUAAUGCUGCUAAAAUCCUAAUGGAUCCUGAAAAGAGAAAGCAGUACGACUUGUAUGGAUCAGAAGAAGAAAGACUUAGUACUACAAGGCACUCACAUUCACAUUAUAAUUAUUCACGGGGUGGUUUUGAAGCUGAUGUAACAGCUGAAGAACUAUUUAACAUGUUCUUUGGUGGUUUUCCACAACAAGAAUUUUAUGUCAGAAGAGGUGGUGGCAGGUGGAUGAGACAAAAUGAGGCACAGCAUCAGCAUACUCACUCCCAACAACAAGCAAAUACGUACACUACAUUCCUUCAAAUGUUGCCUGUAUUAUUACUGAUUAUUUUGACUAUGAUGAGCAGUUUUUUUAUGUCUGACCCCAUCUAUAGCUUACAUCAAAGUUCGUAGGUAUCAGUUCAGUUUUAUAUAAUAUAUCUAAA